AUGCGCGGCGCAUAUCGAAUGCCGCUGUUUCCAAUUCACGAUUUCUAACAUCCAUUUCAUUUGGGAUAGUUCUAGUUUUCUACGUGACCACAUACAAUGACUGAGGCUGAAUUCUACAAGCCUUGACAUGUCCGUGAAGAAAUGCUGGUAUUCUCGAUAUAAGAAAGGAACCUUUUUCCAUUUUAUGAACGAUCAAACCAGGCGGGUGCAUUUUUAAAUAUAGGGCGCCUACACUACAUAUUUUCACAUAGGAUGACUGAACGGACUCCGCACAUAGCCUACUGCUGGAGAUACAAGAGGAUUUAUUAUAAUUUAUGUGAAAACGAAGCCGUUUAUGAUGUAUAUAAAGGUUGAAACAUUUUUUCUCUAUUUUUGAUCGAGGGUCUUCACGGACCAAGCUUGGAUUGUUCUCUACAAAGGCUUCUUGAGCUGUUUUAUGGUUUAAUGUCCAUCGUUAUUUCCAGGAUUAUGUUUAUCAGCGCUAGCAUUCUGUUGAUGACAUUCACCGAAAAAAUAAGGAGGCAACUGUGAAACAACAUUUGUCUGAAGUGGAAAUUACAAUUUGUUCUCGUCUGUCACUGUGAUGAGAAUUUAUUGCUGAACAUCGCCAGCUUAUGGAAAACCCGAAGACAUGACAUGCACACGAAAAAAGAGGAAACGAUCCUUUUUGUUCUUUAAAACCUGCGUUUAUAUAAAUGGUCUGCAACAGGCUUAAUUGACGGGAAGAGACUUGCAAAAGCAUUUGACUAUAGGCUAUAGCAUUUGACUACAUAUUACGAUAUAGCCUACGAUUUAAAAGAGGUGACAAUCCCCAAGAAGUAGGCUAUUAAUUAAUUUGUUAUUUAGGCUAUGUUUCCAGUAGAAAUUGCGACUGAACUGAAAUUGCGAAUCACGCCUAAAUUAAUUUAUAUUUUUAAUUGACACACGUUUUGAUGACCUCUCUAUAUUAUUUAGCCUACUAAUUCGACAUGAUCUUUGAAUUAUCGUAUUUUUGAUGUGGGCUGCAACAAUCUCAACGGCCUAGAAUAAAAGCAAAAGCCUUUGUCUCGAGGACAAACAUAAUAAAUAAGAGCCUGUAAUAAGAAAAAGAGGAAGAGAAGAUUGGCGCCGCAAGAAACGAGGGGCAUAGUACAACAUGGGGCAAGGUGGACUGAAUCGCUCUGGUUCCAUGUGAGUUCCAGAAGAAAGGCAACCACGAGGACAAAGGAAAGGGCAGCUGGAGGAGGAGGAGGAGGAGGAGGGGAAGGAGGUGGAGUGGAUUUCAGGAGAUACGAGGACGUGAAACAAUUCGGGGAGCAAACAGGAUGGCCAACGGAAACGAGAGUAGUGAUGGACCCAGUGGCUCCCUGGCGGCAGUGGUGGCGACUACAGGUGGGAUGGUGGCCGGGGGCCAAUCCUCAGCCAUUUCAACCUACAUAAAACUGGUGCUACUGGGGCUGAUCAUUUGCAUCAGCCUGGUAGGGAACCUUGUGGUCUCCCUGCUGGUUUUGAGGGACCGGGCUUUACACAAAGCACCCUAUUACUUCCUUCUUGACCUGUGCCUGGCUGAUACCAUCCGCUCAGCAGUCUGCUUCCCCUUUGUUUUGGUGUCCAUCAAGAAUGGCUCGGCCUGGACCUACAGCGUGCUUAGCUGCAAGGUGGUGGCCUUCAUGGCCGUCCUCUUUUGCUUCCAUGCCGCCUUUAUGCUUUUCUGUAUAAGUGUGACACGCUACAUGGCCAUUGCCCACCACCGAUUCUACUCGAAGCGCAUGACCUUCUGGACCUGCGUGGCGGUUGUGUGCAUGGUUUGGACGCUGUCAGUGGCCAUGGCCUUCCCACCUGUCUUCGAUGUGGGCACCUACAAGUUCAUCCGCGAGGAGGACCAAUGCAUCUUCGAGCAUCGUUACUUUAAGGCCAACGAUACACUGGGCUUCAUGCUGAUGCUGGCUGUGCUCAUCCUGGCCACGCAUGUGGUCUACAUGAAGCUGCUGCUCUUUGAGUACAAGCACCGCAAGAUGAAACCUGUCCAGAUGGUGCCAGCCAUAAGCCAAAACUGGACCUUCCACGGGCCUGGCGCCACCGGCCAGGCAGCAGCCAACUGGAUCGCAGGUUUCGGCCGGGGCCCCAUGCCGCCUACUUUGCUGGGCAUCCGGCAGAACUUACACAACCAGAACCGGCGCCUACUGGGCAUGGAGGAGUUCAAGGCAGAGAAGCAACUCGGCAGGAUGUUCUAUGUGAUAACUCUGCUUUUCCUGGUGCUUUGGUCUCCCUAUAUAGUGGCCUGCUAUUGGCGCGUGUUUGUCAAGGCCUGCACGAUACCGCACCGGUACCUCUCCACCACAGUGUGGAUGAGCUUUGCCCAGGCUGGGGUCAACCCCAUUGUCUGCUUUUUCCUCAACAAAGACCUGAAGAAGGGGCUCCUGGCUCACCUGCCUGCUUGCUGCAGGACUAAACCUCAUCUGCCCCGAGAGCCUUACUGUGUCAUGUGAGAAGAGACACUGGUCUGUACCUGGGAGGGUUGUGAGUGGGUUACAUGAGGUUUUGGGAAUUAUUAAGUGGCAAGAGGAUACUUUUGAGUUGUUGUGGCCUUUGAUUCAAUGCAAGAUGCUUUCAAGGAGUGGGUCAGAACCACUGAGAUGAAUGUCAAUCUAAUUUCACCUUAAUUAUAAUACUUAAUUACUUUGUCUCAGUGAAAGAUAGCAUAUGUGUCAUGAAUGGAUCUCAUUUAAACCCAAAUCUGAUAAGAGGACUAUUGAUCACCACAGGGGCAUGUAAACAAUGCAGUGUAGAAAGCAAGACAAACAUGUGAAGUUUGCUUCAACACAGCAUAUGUACCCAAAUAUUACCUGGGACAAAAGUAAUGCGCCUUUGGUUCAUUUAAGAUUUUUUUUAAACAACCAGUGAUGUAUUUGGCACCAGUUAGUGCCAGAAAUCCAUUAAUUUAUAGUUUUAUAAAUACCUGAUCAUUAGCAAUUAACCUUCAGCUAAAACUAUACCGUUUUACAAUUGUCAAAUUAAGUUUUGGAAAUGAUUUCAGACACAUUUGACUCUAUUGGUUUUAUGUCUGUUUCUGAGGUGAAAAGGAAGUAAACAAAAGGAUAUUUACCAUCCUGAUUUCUAUCACUCAAGCACUAGUGUUAAAUAACUCAAAUCUAAAUGUGAAACAUUUUCACAAAACUACCAAUGACAAGAGAAUGGCAAUUAGCUAUUCAAACAAUAGUGUCAGUCUGGACCUACCAUUGAGAUUUAAAGUGAAUGUAAACAAGUGAGUGUAAUUACAUUACAUACUCUGUUAAUUCCUUAACACAAAAUGUCAGAUGGUCUUCUAGGUUUUCUUGUGAAUGACUAAGAGGAGUGUACUGCAUAUCCUCUAUCUGCUUGAAUCAAAGGCAUCAGUAACACACUACAAUUGUGGGAAAUCAUUACUUUUGUACAAAAUAUACUGGCACUUGUUGCCUUGAGUGGCUGUAUUUUUUUAUUUAUUCUAAAUUAGUUAUUGUAUUUAUUUAUCCAACUUCAAAUAUCUUUAAAUUAUUCAUACUAGUUUUGAUGCUUUGCACAACUGCCCUUAAACAAAUACUUUUACUGAAUAUACUUAAUAUUUAGUGACAUUUAUGGAAGUCAAAACAUAUCAAGGUUACCCCCUUGCAAGUAAAAACAUUCUGGCAUGAAUUUAAUUCAUGAAUGUGUGCUAUUGGAGUCUAAUUUGGUGUGCACAUAAUUUGAGGCAAUGAAACUAGAUGAUCUGAGAUUUGUUUUUACAACUCGCUGACAAUAUCAAGUUUGUGUUACUUGACUGCAAUGAGCUGAACAGCAGGGAAGCCAUCAGAGAAUAAUGCAGUUAUAGUUGCUAAAUGCAUGUUAACAUUUAGUAUAAAUAUGUGAAAAGGCAAAAGCUGAAAACAUGACAAAAUGUGUGUGGUCAAUACAAUACUACAUUGUUUCUGAUAAAAAAAACUGACUGAGAAAGUUAAUGCUAAUUUGAAUAAGGGUUGUAUUGUUGGUGAUUGCAGAAAUGUUGGAAUCACUUAAUUCAUCUGGGGAAACCGUGUAGUUUCCAUGGAAUGCUAUGCCUGAUAAUAGUUUAUUACUUCAUGCUAGGGAUGGACUAAACGAUCUGUGACAGAUUGGAGACAGACAAUAUCCAAGUAAUCAGUCAAUCUUUCUUGAUUUUGACGAUACUGAGAAACUAGUUGAUGACAUCAACAUUUCGGCCAUGUUUCUCUCGUUAAUGUUGAUAGUUUGGUUGGGUAGUAAAAUGAUCAUGGGUAAAACUAAAAGACUACUUGCGCUCAUCCUUCUAAACAGAACAUAUGACUAGAGGAAUGAACAUUUGAAAGGGUAUCAGACGAAAAUCAGCAAUCAUAUUGCUACCUUUCUCCCCCAAAACCCAUCCCUUCUUAAUGUGGCAUUUAAGUACAGAACAUUCCCUUGAAAUGAAUUAAGUAGGAGACAAGUUCAUUAAGUUUUGACCAGAAUGUUCAGACCUUUAGAUAUAAUACUUCAAUCAUAAACCACCAUAACUUAUAAUGGUCUACGGGGUUUAACCAUGACCACAGAGAGCUUAAGUCUGACGUAAUUUUGCAUUGUAAAACACUAUCUGAUUCAGCCAAUAAUCCAACCUUGAUUUUGUUUAAAUCAGCUUUAACACAAAUGUAUGAAAAUUGCUACUAGCUGAUAAGCUCCUAACUGUUCAAAGAAUGGAACUACAAACGCGAAUCAGUUUCUGACAUCCACAUAAAACCACAUUCCACAGGCAAGUUAGGCCGCACUAUACACAUUAGUGUAUAGGACAGUCUAUAGGCCUAUCAUCAGCAUGCAAACAGUGUCGAGAAUAAGGUGUAUGUGUGUUGAGUUUGUAUGAUUCAUGAGCUCACAACAUAUUCAUAAACUUGAAGCUGAACCAAUUCAUAUUAAUUAAGCAUGCGACUGAUGUUGUAGUUUCAUUCUCUGUAGUCCAACAGUUGGUUUCUUAUUAGCUUUUUAGAAAUCCUGAAAAAAGUUGGACUUUUGGAUUGACACAGGUUAAUUUGUAAAACAGAACAUAAGCUCUUAAUGUUGGUGUUUUUUCUCCUUGAGAAAAAAAUUAAUGGAUUGUUGGUGACUUAAUUCCAGCAGUAGGACAAUAGACUUUUGCUCUCUUUUUACAAUUCUUGUCCACACCAUGAUAAAUGUAUUAUUACACUAGUUAUUUUCUUAACAUCCUUAAAUUGAUUUGGAAUGCGCAACAAGUAUAAGCCAGGACACAGAGAUUGUAAUAUCUAAGUGAAUGUCAAAGAGAAGUCUGGAAACGUUAUAUCCUGUGUGUUGGGAGUGGAAAAACAAUACCCAAAAAGCUUAACAAUAACAACACACAUCAAAGAAUUUAACUGUCAUUUUUAUUAUCAGCAUUAUGGCCUUACUCCGCAAAAAUGUUUUGUUAUAACUUGAGUUGACUGCUGUAUGCCUCUAUGUGUUUAAGUAAUAAAUAUCAAAGGAAUUAUUCAGAUCAAUGGGGAGAACACAACACUGUGUAACUAUUGCCAUUUGGAGGACACAUCUCUUCCCACACAACCUUAAAAGUCAUAAACUCUAAGGAAGAGGAUUAAGAAAAACUGUUUGCUAAAUUGGAACACAGGAGUGUACAAUUUUGAGAGA